CAGGUCUUGGUGGCGGUGCGGGGGGAGAAGGAGGAGGAGGAGACCAGAUGAACGAGCAGAACAAUGCGAACAGUGACGUGAGUCUGCAUUUGAAUCCCGUCAACCUUAACAUCAGCGGUUCCUCCUCAGCUUCCUCUUCCUCCUCGGCGUCUUUUUUUCACUCCGCAGCCGCACUUACCGAAAACUUUUCUUCCACCCCGUGUGAGGCGCCACUGUUCACGCGAGGCUGCGAACUGUUAGAACCCCUGACGGUCAUGGCUAACCAAGAGUGGGAAUUGGCCCUCGACGAGUGCAAGACGAGAGUUCAAAUCGGGGACACGGAGGAAUUGAUCGAUAACCGGUUCAGGUUGAGCUGCCGGGUCCACGUGCUGCAAAACGUGCUCUUCGGUCUGAUUCCAGACCACGUGAGAGGACAUCAGGGCAGUGAUUUCCCGGACAUUGCGAUUUGUCCCGACACAAAAAAGCAAAAGAUUGUCUUCCGAAAUUGGACGCCGGGAAUUAUGGCCGCUGCGGCUGGGGCGGCGGCGGCGCAGGACAAUUCUUUGCAGCCGAACGACCCCAGUUUCGAUUUUACGAUGAAUGAGGGCACUAGUAAUGGAGUACAAAACCAAAACCAGAACGUCGUUGAUCGUGAUCCUAUGGAUCAAGAUGGAAACGAAGACCAAUUGCCAGAUCCUUCUUCGUCAAAAGGGCAGCACAGUCGCAAGGAAAUUGCGCUCGACCCGACGGAAUUCGUGGAUGCGACAAUAUUGAACCGGGGGAGGUUUAUCGCAGCAAAGGCAAGUUUGGCAAAGAACGGUGUACGACCUCCGCAAGAAGGAGGGCAACUACAGCAGGGCCAAGGACGAGGUUUAUUGUUGAGUCAGAAUCAGAAUCAAUCCCAACAACAGCAGGAACAACAAAACGAAAACGAAAACCAAAUCGCCUUCUUUGAACCUGGGAAGCACGACUUAGUCUUGUCGCCGAAAGCUCUGCAGUAUCCUGCGCAAAAGUAGCGCAAUCGUAGUAAUCGCUUUCAUGCAUCACAAAUUUUUUUGCCAAGUCAAAUCAGCAUUACACGCUGAGGAAAUUUGUCAUGCGAUUUAUACUAGUACGGCUACGGUACAGUACUUUUGCAAUGCAUAUGCAGGAGUUCAUCAAAUUCUUGUUUUUGGAGUUCCAGGUCCACAGAUCUCCGAGCCACGCGGAGAAACUACGCCAGGAACAAGGGCUGUUGGGCGGGGCCUCUGCGGCCGACGGUGGUACUGGUACAAGCAUAAACUACGAAGAAGGAGGUGGACCACAAGAUCAGGGGGCGUCACAUAAUUCUUUUAAGUCCCAAAACGCUCCGAAUCCGUCCUCCGCACCGCUGCGCGAUGCUGUCGAGCUGAGGUUCUGUCACCCUGGGCAAAUUGUGGAGGUGGCGACCUGUGGACAUGAUGAGUUCUUCAAGUUGAGUCUUUUUCAAACCACGAGCCACUUUCCGGGUAUGUGCGACGCGAACUGGACGAGCUGCAAAGAGCUGCUAGUUUUUCUCGAGAAAGAAAAAUUGGUGCAACAACAGCAACUGGCGAUGCAGUCGGGGCUUGGAAUGCAUCAUGCGAUGAUAAAGCAAGAACAACCACAUCAGCAUGAACAGCAGUUGCAACAACAGCAAAACUUCAACAAUCCGCAACCCUCGCCCGCCCGUGCGGGAGCGGGGAAGCCGUUUCAGUUCGGCAGCGCGAGUAGGCAAGCGAGCAAGAAUAACAAAAGGCCCCUGUCCAGAAAUAACAGCAACAAUGUGGCUCCUGGUGCAGCUGGCGGGUCAAUGCAGGCAGGCGGCAGUUCUUCUUCCUCCGCAGCGAACCCGAAUGCGAAUGUGGAUAUUUUCGCCGGCUUUCCGGGAGCAGGAACAAGCUUCAACGCGAAUUCGGCGGGGGUCCAGGGGGUUCAACAGGGACAAUUUUCACAAUUUCAGCAACAAGGCUCUGCCGGCUACUUUCCUCCUGCAAUGCCUGGUGGGAUGAUGCAGCAACAGCAGGAGCAAGUUUCUUUUUCGGCUCCAGGUGGAGCCGGCUUGGACACCACGUCGUUUGGCGCAGGGGCAGGUGGGGCUGCUGCUGCAGCUGCUGCUUCCAACGUAGUUCCUGCUGCAGGUGGAAGUGCGGCAAAUGAGAAUGCUAUCUCGCGCGGCCCUCCGGAAAAGAUGAUCAAAGUGGAGCAUCAGAAUCCAGGUGGUCCUGGAGAUUCUUCAAGUGGUGUGAGACAGAUGAACAAAAAUCCCUCUUUCUCCGAGCGACGGAUCAGCGUUUCCGAGCUUUUUGAUUCCUACGCCGAUCAUUAUGACCAAGUUCAUAAUCGUGAUAUCGACGUCGACAUGGGCGUCGAUAAUAGCCAGCAGCAGGACAACUUGAUGCCCGGCACUGCGCGAACUGAUCAGACCAAGCUCUUUCCGCAAAGUGCGCCGGAGGGGGGCGAUCCGUUUGGUUUUGAGUCGCCGGUGGUUGGGGAAGGAGGCUUUUCGGGCUCGCAGCAGCAACAGCAGCACGUUGAUGGGGCUGGGACAAUCGGGAUGCAACAGCAACAUUCACAACUACAACAAUCUGUGAUUCAGCAGUCGCAACAAGAAGGCGGUUUUUCUGUUGCGCCGCAGCAAUCACAAUCACAACUUCUACAGCAAGGAUUUCGAGGCGUGGCAGGCCAGAGCCAAGUCGUGCAGCAGCAGCAGCAGCAGCAGCAGCCACCGGUUGCUCCGCCACUCAACGACCAGCCACCAAAUUUGGCAACCAGCUUGCAGCAGCAGCAGCAGCAGCACCAGCCAACUCAUGCUCAUGCAGGAGAAGGGCAACCACAACCAGCACAGCUACAGCAACGACUCAACCAGUUCCCAUUCAAUCAGGCGAUGCAACCUGCAGGGCCAGGAUCCUUCCUUCCGCCGGGUUCAUGCGGAGCCCCAUUCCAAUUUCACAAUGCACCAAAUUUGUCGGUUCCAAAUUUCCAAAACACAGGCGUCGGAGGUGGGCUUGCAGGAGGAGGACUACAGCAAGUAGGGCAGCAGCAGCAACAGAUUCCGCAGUUCAAUCCCUUUCUUCCCCCGCAGCAAUUCAUCUCAGCAUUGCCGCAGCAGCCGCCUGUAAUGCUCCAGCAGCAACAGCCGCACGGACACUUUUUGGCACCGAACGGUGCUGCUGGAACAUCUCACACAAGACAGCAACAAGCACAGCUGAACCUCCCGAAUCUGCAGCAGGAGCAGGAUGAUUUGAAGAAUUACUUCCUCGACGGGCAGGACGAUCCCGACGAGGCGAUGCGGGACUUGUUACCGAACGGCCUGACCCAGAGCGACGGGGAGAUGCCGGAGCCGAGUGACAACCCGUGCGAUUUCAACUCGGUGCUGGAUGAGGUAGGGUGGUAGGUGAGGCGGGGCAAGCCAGCUGAAAUACACGAGGACAUGGUCAAGCGCCAGUGAUGCUCCAAUGCCUUUUACAGGUUUUGAGUGGAGGAGAAAUUGCUUUCUGUAUCAUAUACUGCAGCUGGAGCUGGGCUUGGAUGUUGAUCAUAGUAGGGCUAAAGUAAGAGUAAGAUAGACGUUUGUUAGUCCUGAUUCAUUUUCAUCUGCUGAGCCCACAGCAGAAAAU